AACCCAAUAGGCCCAAGCCAAGGAGCAAGAGAAUAUCCCCCACAGUGGCCCGUGCUCGACAGCCGAAAACCGCCGUCAAAGUGCGGCUCUGAACUCUGGACGCUUCGAUACAUCCUCCACCCAGCAGCAACCCUGCCCGACAAGAAACUCCCAUCUUUAACCACCCCUCCAACCAAGCUUCCACUCAACCACACAAACCACCGACCGACAAGCACCCAGCUCAUGACGUCCGCGCCCACUCUCGAUACUGUCCCACCUUCUUCUCAGCAAACCGGCCAUACUAGAUAACAGAAAAGAAACCACCAUACCUAUCCUGUCUGCUAUCUCCACAAUUUCACAUCGCGCAACCGCUACCUGCUACCUACCCCCCUCUUCAUCUGCCUCUCUCGCUACGCCAGCACAAUCACGCGCUUCCACCGCCGACAAGAUGAUGCCCAACCCGCACGUAUAUGGCCACCACCAGUAUCCCCAGGCGGACUCGGCCUGGAUGCACCAGCAGACAUCGCACCAGCACCACGUCCAGGCCGCUGCUCAGGGUGCUGUGAAUGUGGCCCAGCAGCAAUAUCACAACCGCCUGGCUGGCGCUCACAAUGGCGUCAAUGCCCUGGCGCAGAGCCACGCGCAGGAGAGCUCGUUGGAUGCGUCCGUCUCGGAGGACAAUAGACGGACACUGCAGUACAUCGCCGAUCUGCUUGAUGAGAACACGCGUGAGGCGGCCUUGUUGGAGCUCAGCAAGAAGCGGGAACAGGUACCCGAGUUGGCACUUAUCUUGUGGCACUCGUUUGGCGUCAUGACUUCGCUCCUUCAAGAGAUCAUCAGCGUGUACAGCUUGUUGAACCCAUCGCAACUCACUGCGGCGGCUUCCAACAGAGUGUGCAACGCGCUGGCUCUCCUCCAGUGUGUUGCGUCGCACAACGAGACACGCACAUUGUUCCUAAGCGCUCAUAUUCCUCUUUUCCUGUAUCCAUUCCUCAACACAACCUCCAAGUCUAGGCCGUUCGAAUACUUGCGGCUCACGUCGUUGGGAGUGAUCGGUGCGCUGGUUAAGAAUGACUCGACUGAGGUGAUCAACUUCCUGUUGACCACCGAGAUCAUUCCUCUGUGUCUUCGCAUCAUGGAGACGGGGUCCGAGCUCAGCAAGACGGUGGCGAUUUUCAUUGUCCAGAAGAUUCUGCUCGACGACAACGGCCUCAACUAUAUUUGCGCCACAUACGAGCGAUUCUAUGCGGUCGGGACAGUGUUGAGCAACAUGGUGGGCCAGCUUGUCGAACAGCAAACGGCUAGGCUCCUGAAGCAUGUUGUGCGAUGCUUCCUUAGGUUGAGCGAUAAUGCGAGAGCCCGUGAGGCGUUGCGUCAGUGCCUCCCAGAGCCUCUGCGAGACAACACUUUUGCCGCCGUCCUUCGGGAUGACGCCGCAACAAAGCGUUGUCUGCACCAGCUCGUUGUCAACCUUCAGGAAAAUGUAGUCGAACCCAGCGGCCAACUUGGAAUCUGAACCAGCAUGUGCUUUCAGCAACACCGGAGCUAACUGAGAAUAAGUAGCAGGGAAAGGACAUGAUGCUCGACCACCUCUAUAAAUAAGCGGGAAUUUCUUUCUUGUCUCUAGAACCAAGCGACAGUCCCACAUGGGACAGCACGACGACGCGGCACUGUUUUUCAUUUGAUACCACAACGAUACCAACCACCGCCACCAUAAACAUUCAUGCACACACACGCAAACACACCAAUGUAUAUCCACCUAAACAGCACACAUUGCCGAUUCAACGGUUUUUCA